AGAAGAAUUUCGACUUCCCUGGAUUGAAAGUAUCGGGGCGUUGGGGGCAGCAUUUCUGAAUCUCAAGGCCUCUACUAUUACGCGAUGAUACCAACAGCCAGAUACGAUUCAGCGAAGGCUACGCGCAUAAAGGCGUGCCGCUCUCCUGAUUGUCGGUGAGACCUAUCAAUCAUUCAUACAUUUCAAUCAUCAUCUCUCUCUCGCGCGCGAUGAAUACAGCUUGGAGAAUAUUGUUGAAAGCUGCAUGUCCACUACUCCUCUUCGUGUUCCUGGCCACGAUUCUUAUUACUAUAGCUGAAGCAGAUUUGUCAGCCACUCAAACAUUACAAAGGGACCUGAAAGUACAUUGGCCAAUGUUUGAAUGUCCUCAAUGUCUUGGUAGAGAGGAACAAGAUCAAUUGAAAUCUACUUCAGAUGGGAAGCCUCCAGAUGAAAAUGAUAUUGACAUUAUUGUGACUUAUAGUGACACUGUUGGUUCUGUUCGAAUUAGAGCUGUGAAGUCUAGUGACCUAUCACCUUCCUGGAUCUGGACAAACCCCACUGAUGAAAAAUUUGACCAUGCAAAAAAUUUGCAGACAGCAGAAGAGUCAUAUCAAGCUGAAACAAGAUUUGAAGAUGAGCAAGAACACCGUACUACUUCUGAGCAUCACUCUGGAGGUGAAAUGCCGAUGCGACAAGCAUUUACCACAAACCCAGUGAAGCUCAAGCGCCAGAUGUUACGGAAGCAGAGGAAAGAUCUCCGAACUGCAGAGCUAAUUCAACAAGACAAAGAGAUUGAUGACCAGAUACAAGCAGCUGCUAUAAAAAGAGCUAAAGAGCUUGACACCACUGUCAAGGGAAAAUACAGUAUAUGGAGAAAAGAAUAUGAAAGCCCAAACUCUGAUUCAACUGUCAAGCUUAUGCGUGAUCAAAUCAUAAUGGCAAAGGCUUAUGCAAGCAUUGCAAAAGCUAAAAAUGAUACUGUUCUAUUUGAUUCCCUUAUGAAACAUUGCAGAGAAAAUAGGCAUGCCAUUGAAGAAGCCAGUUCUGAUGCUGAGCUUAAGCCCAGUGCUCUUGAUCAUGCAAUAUCAAUGGGUCAUGUACUGUCUAUAGCCAAGGACCAAUUAUAUGACUGCCUCAUGGUAGCAAGGAAGCUAAGGGCAAUGCUUCAAUCUACAGAAGCAAAUGUAAACUUGCAGAGGAAAAAGAGUGCUUUCUUAAUUCAGCUUGCUGCAAAAAUAAUCCCUAAACCUUUACAUUGCCUUCCUCUACAGCUGACAACAGACUAUUACCUUCAGGGUUAUGAAAACAAGGGUUUUCCCAACAAAGACAAGUUUGAAGAUACUUAUCUCUACCAUUAUGCUAUUUUCUCUGAUAAUGUGCUGGCAGCAUCUGUUGUUGUCAAUUCCACAGUGCUACAUGCAAAGGAACCGGAAAAGCAUGUUUUCCAUAUAGUAACAGAUAAACUGAACUUCCCAGCUAUGAGAAUGUGGUUUCUCAUCAACCCUCCUACCGGUGCAGCAAUCCAAGUUGAGAAUGUUGAUGAUUUCACAUGGCUGAAUUCUUCUUAUUGCCCUGUACUUCGCCAACUUGAAUCUGCAAGAAUGAAAGAAUAUUAUUUUAAGGCGAAUCAAGCAUCUUCACUCUCUGCUGGCACUGACAAUUUGAAAUAUAGGAACCCAAAGUAUUUGUCCAUGUUGAAUCACCUCAGAUUUUACCUUCCUGAAGUUUACCCAAAGUUGGAUAAAAUUCUGUUUCUAGAUGAUGAUAUUGUAGUUCAAAAGGAUCUUACACCUCUUUGGUCUGUAAAUCUGCAUGGGAUGGUGAAUGGUGCUGUGGAGACCUGUAAGGAGAGCUUUCACCGAUUUGACAAGUAUCUGAACUUUUCCAAUCCAAUGAUCUCUGAGAAUUUUGAUCCAAAUGCUUGUGGUUGGGCAUUUGGCAUGAAUAUUUUUGAUCUGAAAGAAUGGAGGAAGCGAGACAUUACAGGAAUAUAUCAUCAUUGGCAAGACAUGAAUGAGGAUAGAACACUUUGGAAACUUGGCUCAUUGCCACCUGGGCUGAUAACAUUCUAUAAUUUGACUCAUCCACUGGACAGGAGCUGGCAUGUCUUGGGACUUGGCUAUGAUCCUGCACUUAAUCAAACAGAAAUAGAAAAUGCAGCUGUCAUACAUUACAAUGGGAACUAUAAGCCAUGGUUGGAUCUGGCCAUCUCCAAAUAUAAGUCAUAUUGGUCUAGAUAUGUAAUCUCCAAUAACACUUAUCUUCAAGUUUGCAAUGUUAACAAGUGAUGGUUAAAUGUUA